GGCUUCACUGGACACUGUGUUGAUGCUCGAUACUGGCUCGAGACAGAAACUGCGGCGCGGAUUAGUAACUUUUCCUCAUGAAAUAAUCGGGAAGUUGAUGAAGUUUUGCAGUCAAGGGGUUUUCUCCAGGAGGAAAACUUCCUGCGGCUGCAAAAAUGGGGUUCCUGGGAGGAGAUGUAACUAUUCAUAAUGAAACUCAAUACAAAUGGACCAUCUGCAUCGAGUCUCAGGAGCCAUGGCCUAAGUCUGACGUUUAUAUAACAUUCACAGUUGGACCCUAUGGAAAAAAAGUUAGAAAAUUCUUUGUUCCUAUCACCGCAAUCAGAAAGAUCUAUAUCAAUGUGAAGUAUGGCGACUGCUCAGAGAGAGACUGUUACAAAAAUCCACAUUUGUGGUACAGGAUGGAUCCAAAAGAUGACCCAUCUUUCACAAUUCGAGAGAGUGGAGACCACCAGCAAAUACAUCUGGACUGCAACAUACAUUAUGAGAGGAAGAAAUCAACAUGCCCAAAUUAUGGGAAAAUUGAAGAUGAUGCCCGAGAGGAAGAGGAGCGACGCAGGCGAGAAGAGGAGCGACGCAGACGAGAAGAGGAGCGACGCAGACGAGAAGAGGAGCAACGCAGACGAGAAGACGAACAACGCAGACGAGAAGAAGAGGAGCAAUGCAGACAAGAAAAAGAGGAGCAACGCAGACGAAAAGAGGAGCAACGCAGACGAGAAGAAGAGGAGCAACGCAGACUAGAAGAGGAGCUACGUAGACGAAUAGAGGAGCAACGUAGACGAAUGGUGGAGCAAUGCAGACGAAAAGAGGAGCAACGCAGACGAGAAGAAGAGGAGCAACGCAGACUAGAAGAGGAGCUACGUAGACGAAUAGAGGAGCAACGUAGACGAAUGGUGGAGCAAUGCAGACGAAAAGAGGAGCAACGCAGACGAGAAAAACAGGAGCAACGCAGACGAGAAAAAGAGGAGCAACGCAGACAAGAAGAAGAGGAGCAACGCAGACGAGAAGAAGAGGAGCAACGCAGACAAGAAGAAGAGGAGCAACGCAGACGAAAAGAGGAGCAACGCAGACUAGAAGAGGAGCAACGUAGACGAAUAGAGGAGCAACGUAAACGAAUAGUGGAGCAAUGCAGACGAAAAGAGGAGCAACACAGACGAGAAGAAGAGGAGCAACGCAGACGAGAAAAACAGGAGCAACGCAGACGAGAAAUAGAGGAGCAACGCAGACGAGAAGAAGAGGAGCAACGCAGACGAGAAGAAGAGGAGCAACGCAGACGAGAAGAGGAGCAACGUAGACGAAUAGAGGAGCAAUGCAGACGAGAAGAGGAGCUACGCAGACGAGAAGAAGACGAGCUACGCAGACGAGAAGAAGAGGAGCUACGCAGACGAGAAGAGGAGCAACGCAGACGAAAAGAGGAGCAACACAGACGAGAAGAGGAGCAACGCAGACGAGAAAAAGAGGAGCAGCGCAGACGAGAAAAAGAGGAGCAGCGCAGACGAGAAGAAGAGGAGCAGCGCAGACGAGAAGAAGAGCAACGCAGACGAGAAGAAGAGCAGCGACGUCAGGCACAGCUUGAACGUGAAAGAAGAAUUGAGGAACAGAUUAAAAGGGAAAGUGAGCUCACUGCUAAGAAACUUUCACAAGCCACAGAGACACUGAAGCAGAGACAGAGGCUGAGAGGCCAUGAGGUCCACCACCAAACUCAUAUAAUGCAACAGCCACUGGACGCUGAAAUUGAAAUAGAUGAGGUUCCAGAAAUGGAGAAGAAAUUCAUGGAACUCUUGUUUGAAUAUCAAAUCACUGAAGAUGAAGACUCAGAGGAGACAUUAGCAGACAGAAUGAAAACUCUGCAAAAUGAGUUAAUGGUGGAGUUCUGUAAGAAACAUAAUCUGUCCAGUAGCUGUGUGUUUUCUUUCAACACUACAGUUGGUGUAGAGACUCUGCCUCUACAUGAUAGACUGUCAGUACUUGGGAUAAAUUUGCACCUUUAAUAUCUGUAUACCAUG